UUGCUGGCCUGGCUUGGCCUUGAAUAAACACGGCCCAUUUUCAGGGAGGAGCAGGACAGGGAGAACUCGCACAUCCUGCCUGCCUUAGGAGCAGACUGCCUGCCUGCCUGCCUGCCUGCCCAAACAUGGAAUAAGAGCACCAGAGCCUCGGGCGGUCGAAGGGAGAGCAACUGUGCUAAUCUCAAACAAGUCUCAACCAGUUUCUUACCUGGGUUAGAACUCAGCUUUUUCCACUGCUUGGGACUCCAGGUCGAACACCGGAUUGGAACGUAUUUUGAGCUGGCAUGAGCCUUCUUGCUCCGCUCCACUGAUGCGUCAACAGACCCACACAGAUCCAGGCAUACAAGAGAUAGCAGCUUCCAGGGGUCUCUCUCUGUCUCUCUCUGUCUCUCUCUCUCUCUGCCAGCCUCCCCAUGGCUGUGGAUUCUCCGUGGGACUAUCAGUUCCGGAUCAUCAUGCUGGGCGAUUCCACGGUGGGGAAAUCGUGUCUUCUGAAGCGCUACGCCGACGGGGUCUUUACGGAGUCCAUGAACCAAACUGUGGGGGUGGACUUUUAUGUCCACUUUCUGGAGAUGGAGCCCAACCUGUGUGUCAAGCUGCAGUUUUGGGAUACUGCGGGCCAAGAACGGUUCAGAUCAGUGACACGUUCCUACUACCGUAACGCAGCUGGGGGAGUCCUGAUGUUUGACCUAACCAACCGGGCAUCAUUUGAGAACAUAAGGAUCUGGCACCAGGAAGUGGUGGACACAGUCAAACCUCACCGCCCGGUUUUCGUGCUGGUGGGGAACAAGAGUGACCUGGAGGCUGAACGGAAGGUGGGACAAAAGGAAGCUGAGAAACUGGCGGUUUCCUUUGAAGCCAAGUAUAUCGAGACUUCGGCGAAAAGCAGCAGCAAUGUGGAGGCAGUUUUCCAAAUGUUAACUCUGGGCAUCUACAAGGCCUUGAAAAGUGGGGUGAUGAAACCUGGUCCACAGUGGGAUGGAGUGAAAACCAAACUGCCAUCGCCGGUUCACUCAGAGGUUUCCACUCAGGAUAAGAGAAAGAAAUGUUCUUGCUAG